GAUUAGGGUCAGUCUCUCAUGAAGGCUGUGGAGUUUCCCGUGAAAGAAGAAAAAAAAAAUCCUUGUGUGUCUCAUUAAACACACAGUUCAUGUAAGACUGAAUUGAGCUUUAAUACACAUGUAUAUUUUUCAUAUUACUUAACGCACUGGAUACUUAUUUUCUGAACAAGAUUCAGACAUCUGGAUUUUAUAUAGUCCGACUGCUGUUGGUAAAGUUUUCAUUUUCUCGCGAUGUCCCGUGUCUCGGACCCGUUAACGAAAGCACGCCAGGAAAAAAUGAAAGACGUUAAUGUAAAGAACAAAGAGAAAGAGCGGAAGGCACGGGAGAAAGAGACAAAGGAGCGUGAGUCGCGUUACAGCAAUGGUCACCUGUUUACCUCCCUCAGUGUUUCUGCCACCACACUCUGCUCUGCAUGCAACAAGAGCAUCACUGCAAAAGAAGCCCUCAGCUGCCCAACCUGCAAUGUGACCAUUCACAACCGCUGCCGUGACACACUGGCCAACUGCGCCAAAAUGAAACAGAAGCAACAGAGGCUGGCUCUGGUCAGGAACACCGCAACUUUACAUAAUGUGGCCCUCCGCAGCAAAAAUCCAAUACUGAAGGAGAGGCCGAGUUCAGCCAUUUACCCAUCAGAGACACUGAGACAGUCUUUCCUCGGAUCCCGCAAAGGACGCUCCACGCUGUCCCUCAACAAGAGCGUCUCCACCAAUAACAUUGCAGGAAGUCUGAAUGAUGAUUCUCCUGUCGGACUGAGAAGGAUUCUGUCUCACUCCACAGACUCUCUGAACUUCAGGAACAGAGCCAUGUCCAUGGAAUCCCUUCAUGAUGAAGGAGAAAUGUAUUAUGCGUCAAUGAUGGAGGAGCUGGAGAAGGAUGGGAAGGAUUUUGAAGCAGAUUCCUGGAGUCUGGCUGUGGACUCUUCUUAUCUACAGUCUCAACGCAAAGACGUCAUCAAGAGACAAGACGUCAUAUACGAGCUGAUUCAGACGGAGCUGAACCACGUGCGUACGCUGCGGAUCAUGGAGGGGGUGUUUCGCAGAGGAAUGCUGGAAGAGGUGUUGAUGGAGAUGGGUGUAGUUCACAUCAUCUUUCCCUGCUUAGAUCAGCUGCUGUCUAUUCACUCAAAUUUCCUGAGCCAACUACUGCAGAGAAGAAACGAUAGCCUGGCGCCCAGCAGCGCCCGCAACUUCACUAUCCAAAAGCUGGGAGAUCUCCUGGUGGAGCAGUUCUCAGGACAGAAUGCGGAAGAGAUGAGGAAAUGCUACGUUGAAUUCUGCAGUCGACACUUGAAAGCUGUGAAACUCUAUAAGGAGCUGUUGGCCCGUGACAAAAGGUUCCAACAGUUCAUACGGCGGGUAAGCAGAGGUUCUUUGCUGCGUCGGCAUGGUGUCCAAGAGUGCAUCUUACUCGUCACUCAACGCAUCACUAAAUACCCUGUACUUAUCAAGCGCAUACUAGACAACACUAAAGGUAAUGAAGAAGAGAGUAAAUCUCUGGCUGACUCUCUGACGCUGAUCCGGGAGCUGCUGUGUUCCGUGGACCAGCAGGUUCAAGAGUUAGAGCGAGCACAGCGUUUGCAGGAGAUCCAGUCCCGUCUGGACCCACGAGCUGAGACGAAGGUUAAGGGUGGAGGAGUGUUUGGUGGAGGAGAGCUGCUGCGCCGUAGACUCAUUCACGAGGGAGCACUGCUCUGGAAGACUGCUCAAGGCUCCAGACUCAAAGAUGUGCACGUUUUGUUAAUGACAGACAUCCUGGUGUUCAUGCAGGAAAAAGACCAGAAGUAUAUUUUUCCCUGUCUGGACAAACCGGCAGUACUGUGCCUUCAGAAUUUGAUUGUGAGAGAUAUAGCCAAUCAGGAGCGAGGAAUGUUCCUCAUCAGUCACUCCACACCUCCAGAGAUGUACGAGCUCCACGCCGCCUCCAAAGAGGACAGAAACACUUGGAUGAAACUCAUUCAGCGGACAGUGAGCAACUGUCCAUCAAGAGAGGAUUUCCCUCUGAUUGAAACUGAGGACAAAGCUUUGCUACGACGACUCAGAGCUGAUAUCCAGCAGAAGGAUCGUGAAGUUUUGGAGCUGUUACAGGAGCGCGUGACAUUGUUCUCUGAUUUGGCCGAAGCCAGCGGAGGUCAGAAUGUCAAUGUUCCCACAAACUCUAGAAAUAUAUUCAGAGCAGAUACGCCCUACGCUCCCCAGGCGGAAAAGCUACUGAAUGAGGCCAUUGUUGAGGUGGACAGACUGAGUGAAGUGCUGUCGGGUUCCUGCAGAUUGAACGGUGAAUCGACAGAGGUACAAUUCACCUCGAAAACAACAGAUAAAGGAACGAUAUCAGUUAACGGAAUUAGUGAAAUAAACAGUUCGUCCAACAAGAUAAAGGACAGGAACGGGAACCAGCUGCAGGACAAGAUGUUAAAUGAGGAGGUGUGCCAAAGACUUGUGAACCUCAGCACUCAGCUUCAUGCACUACAGGCUGCAGUGAUCAAACAGGACUCUUUCCUGGAGGUGUACAUGCAGAAGGACUUGUGUCCCCCUACAGCAGCAGAGCUGAAGGCAGGUGGUCCUGAGGGUACUCAAGGAGAUCUGACCGAGCUUCAGCGCAAGUACAACCUCCUGCAAGGAGAAGUGAUCCGACUACGGGCCGCCCAGGACAAGAAGGGCGACAGAGCGCCAAUUCAGCUUGAAAAACAACUCCAAGAGAUCCGGCUUAAAGACACGAUGGACACACGUGACACACUGAUCUCACAGGAAACAGAAGUUCAGGUGGAUGGCAAGCCAGAGGACAGUCCCAGAGAUCUGCAGGAUAUUCCAGAGGAGAGUGAGUGUGGGACAGAAGCUCACAGUUAACAUCAGCUCAACUAGAAGAUCCUACCUUAACCUCCUCCAGAACUCUAGAAACUCACCUCAUCAGUCAGUUACGACUCAAGGCCUGUUCACACCACGCCAAACACAGACAAAUCUUGUGCGGUUACAUUUCAUUUGAAAGAACUGCUGUUAAUGCAUCCGUCACUAACAUUUACAUGCUGGCAAUGUGACGUUUUUAAAGUGUGUGUGUGUGUGUGUGUGUGUAUAUAUAUAUAUAUAUGUAUAUAUAUAUAUAUAUAUAUAUAUAUGAAUAGGGAAUGUAAUUCUCAGCUGUUGGUGUUUCAUAAAACCAUGACUCCGUGAACAGACUGUUUUGCUUAACAACAGAGGAAGAAGUCUGAAUCUUUUCUCUGUCUCUGUAUUCUUGUAUUUGGUGUUGCUUGAUAGACAGCAUAGUGAGGGCUAUUUAAAACAUGUAAAUACUGUUUUAAUUUCCUUUCUUCUCUGUGAAAAACAGGUGUCUCGAACAGCACAACACUUUGUGUUCUGGAGUAACCAGGGUAUUUCUGCUUUUUCUAUAAGUGUCUCCUUUUUUAUGCAUUGGUUUGAACAGACAAAAUGCAAAAAUUUGACCAAAUUUGUGUUGGUGUGAACUGGCCUUUACUCUGUAGAAUAAUGUUAUUGCAUUUUAUAUGAAACAUAGUAUAGAACAAUUAAGUCUUUUGCAAGAUUUUCAAUGUUUUUGCAAACAUUGUCUUCAUUUUACAGUUGUGUUAUUUAAAAGGUUAAAGGUGUAUUUAUUUGAGUUGGAACUCAAGGAAACUUUAGAGGAUAUUCUGAGCUUGUGCUGACUGACUUCCAGUUUUAAUAUAUCGAUUGUCAAUUUUAGCUGCAUUAUUGUCCAUUGCUAUAUUAUUGGAAGGAUGUGUCAUUGGACAUGAUUUUCUUCUGCUGAAAAUAAGUGAUAUUAUGGUAAAGAUGAGAUGUAGCACACUGAAUGCCCUGCUUAUUUGGCAGCAGCUUAAAAAAGACUUUGAAUGCAGUUAUAACUACCACAGUUUACCUCUAUAAAUGGUAAUAAAUCAAUGUUAAUAUGACCAGUGAAGGUUUUCUUCUAUACUGCUAAAAAAAAAAAAAAUAGAAAAUGAGAUAUUAAUGUUGAUAUUGAUAAUGGAAUGAAGUGGAAAAUGAUUGUAAAUUCUUCUCUGGCCACUUGAAAUCACACUAAAGCUUUGUUUAAUGUCACACUGUUGAUAUUGUCCAUGUAUAAAUGUUUGAGGAAGAACAGCACCCUUUAAACAUAGCUGUUAAAUCAUUGUAUUUUUAUUCAUUUUUCAUUGUACUGUGUGUUUAUAUAUAUAUAUGGCUGUAAUCAUGUUUUGUCAUCUAUAUAAAUGCAUUGAUAACGGC